AUGGAACGUUUUGUUUCAGGUUUACGCAUUAGAAUAGUCAACUUAUUUUUCAAGAUAUUGGCAUGUCUCCUGUACAUAUUUCGCGUGUGCGCUGAUGGAGAUCCCAUUAAUGCUACUUGCUACGGCUGUAUGCCGGGUAACAAGAGUGUGUUCGAGUACUCCGCUAAGCUGACAGAAGAGGAGUUCCAGGAACAUCCUAUCAUCAACUGGGAUGGUAUCGUGUGGGUUAACCGCCCACUGUUCCUGUGGGUGCUGCAGGUCAUCCUCGCGAUGAUAUCGCUCUCCGAGGCUAUUCUGUUAGCCUACCUCGGGUACAAGGGCAACAUUUGGCAACAGAUUCUAUCCUUCCAUUUCAUACUGGAGAUGGUGAACACGGUCCCAUUUGCCCUGACGAUCCUCUAUCCUCCUUUGAGAAAUCUGUUCAUACCAGUUUUUCUGAACUGCUGGCUAGCCAAACGAUCCCUUGAGAAUAUGUUUAAUGACCUGCACCGAGCUAUGCAGAAGUCACAAUCAGCCCUGUCGCAGCAACUGAUGAUUCUAUGCGUUACUCUUCUAUGUCUCGUCUUUACCAGUGUUUGUGGAAUCCAGCAUUUCCAACGUGCGGGACACCGGCAUCUAAACUUGUUCCAGGCAACGUACUUUGUCGUGGUUACCUUCUCAACGGUCGGUUAUGGUGAUUUCGUACCUGAUAUCUGGCCCUCCCAGCUGUUCAUGGUCAUCAUGAUCGGAGUGGCUCUGGUAGUGCUGCCUACGCAGUUCGAGCAACUCGCGUUUACCUGGAUGGAGCGGCAGAAGUUAGGAGGAUCUUAUAGUUCUCAUCGUGCUCAGUCAGAGCGUCAUGUGGUCGUCUGCUCCACCACGCUGCACGCAGACACUAUCAUGGACUUCCUCAAUGAGUUCUAUGCGCAUCCUUUGCUGCAGGACUACUACGUUGUUCUACUCUCACCUAUGGAACUUGAUACUACAAUGAGGAUGAUUCUACAGGUUCCGAUUUGGGCUCAGCGUGUUAUCUACAUCCAGGGUUCUUGCCUCAAGGACAGUGACUUAAUACGUGCGCGUAUGAACGAAGCCGAAGCUUGCUUCAUUCUAGCUGCGAGAAAUUAUGCUGAUAAAACUGCUGCAGAUGAGCAUACAAUUCUCAGAUCGUGGGCGGUAAAAGAUUUCGCUCCUGAUGUGGCGCAAUACGUACAAAUAUUCCGGCCAGAGAACAAGUUACAUGUGAAGUUCGCUGAAUUCGUUGUCUGCGAAGAUGAAUUCAAAUACGCACUUUUGGCAAACAAUUGCACUUGUCCUGGUGCUUCCACUCUUGUUACGCUUCUGCUGCAUACUAGUCGCGGACAGGAAGGUCAACAAUCCCCUGAAGAGUGGCAUCGCCUAUACGGAAAAUGUUCCGGAAAUGAAAUUUACCAUAUCGUUCUUGGAGACAGUCGUUUCUUCGGUGAAUAUGAAGGAAAAAGUUUUACUUACGCUAGUUUCCACUCACACCGCAAGUACGGGGUGGCUUUGGUAGGAGUUCGUCCAGCCGAAUUACCAGAAUUCUAUGAAGAAACAAUACUUUUGAACCCGGGACCGAGACACAUAAUGAAAGCGAGCGACACGUGCUAUUACAUGAGCAUAACAAAAGAAGAGAAUUCCGCUUUCGUAGUUUCCGAUCAACAAACCGAAAGCAAACCGUUGAUAACAAAAGAUCAAACUGCAUGUAGCCUCCUCUCUAGCGAAGGAAGAAGAAAGGGCGGAGACGGCGAGGAGGCCGCGGCCCAGCCCAGAACAGCAGACGGUAGUAACAUGGCUCAAUCAGCCCUUCCACAAGUGGUUCUACAAGCUCCCGCGACCUCCCCACCAAAUGCAUCGCCAUCACGCAUCAAUACUGUAUCAUCCGCUAAUUUAACUGUUGCUAGCUAUAAAGUGGACGGGUCGGACCACAGGGUGGGUCUCAAAGAUUCACCAGCCACAGAUAGCGCCACGGACAGUCAUUUGCUUCUACCAAGAACAGAUAAUCAUUAUUUAAGUCCGGACACUCUUCAUCAUCGGCGAGGUAGUCGGCGACCAUCGAUUCUACCAGUACCGGACAUGGUGACCAGUAGCUUUAACGUCGCAGAAGAAGAACGGGAGAGGGAGAGGGAACUAGACAUGAGCGAGGAAGAGUUAGAGGAUAAUGUACCCUGGCGUACCCCUUCAGAGAAGAUUGCUGACGACGCCACGUCAUCCAGUCUCUCAUCGCUGGCACUCGGCGACGCGGCACCCGCCUGGCGCAAUGACUUUACCAGGAUAGUGAAGGGGUUCCCGCCAGUGUCACCGUUCAUCGGGGUGAGCCCUACUCUCUGCUACCUGUUGAAAGAGAAGAAGCCAUUAUGUUGCUUGCAGCUAGCACAAGUGUGUGAACACUGCGCCUAUCGUAACGCUAAGGAGUACCAGUGGCAGAACAAGACAAUCAUUCUAGCCGCUGACUACGCUUCAAAUGGCAUAUACAACUUCAUUAUUCCCCUUCGAGCUCACUUCAGAACCAAAACAUCACUGAAUCCUAUCAUACUUCUCCUGGAACGAAGACCUGAUAUCGCGUUCCUCGAUGCUAUAUCUUACUUCCCACUGGUCUACUGGAUGAUGGGAUCUAUUGACUCGCUGGAUGACCUACUGAGAGCUGGAAUAACACUUGCAGAAAACGUAGUGGUUGUAAACAAAGAAUUAUCCAACUCGGCGGAGGAAGACAGUUUGUCUGACUGCAAUACCAUCGUCGCCGUGCAGACCAUGUUCAAAUUUUUCCCAUCGAUAAGAUCAAUAACAGAACUGUCGCAGUCAUCAAAUAUGCGUUUUAUGCAAUUCCGAGCUCAUGAUAAAUAUGCCUUGCAUCUUUCUAAGAUGGAAAAGAGAGAGAAAGAGCGAGGUUCUCAUAUCUCGUAUAUGUUCCGUCUUCCCUUUGCGGCGGGUUCCGUAUUUUCAGCAUCCAUGUUGGACACACUACUCUACCAGGCCUUCGUCAAAGAUUACGUCAUCACCUUCGUGCGACUGCUGCUGGGGGUCGACCAGGCUCCCGGCUCAGGCUUCCUAACAUCUAUGAGAAUAGGAAAGGAAGACAUGUGGAUUCGCACGUAUGGCCGACUAUACCAAAAGUUGUGCUCGACUUCUUGCGAAAUCCCUAUUGGGAUCUAUAGAACGCAGGAUACAAGCCUGGCCGACCCCUCACACCACGUGAGUAUGUCGCCACGCGGCUCGCCAAGUUGGUUGUGGUCACGACUGACGGGAAUGCGACCAUCGCGGCCAUCGCAGGGCGGGCAGAGCGAGGCGCGGUCUGGGGAUUCGAGGGGGGCGCGAGACACGAGUUCCAGCUCCCCCACGGGCUGCCUCACGGGCUGCUACGGCGACCGCACGCCGGUGUAUUCAGCGAGUCUAGCCGACGAAGCAAGAGACAACCACGCGCAACAGAUAGAACGGGCUGAGAUUGCAAAUCUGGUUCGCUCCCGCAUGGAGUCGCUCAACCUAAACGUCAUUGACUAUGACGACGUGAGUGAGAAGAGGAACAGUCUCUCCUACGUUAUUAUUAACCCAAGCUGCGACCUUAACCUGUGUGAGGGAGACGUCAUAUAUUUGGUUCGGCCAUCUCCAUUCGCAGCUCAAAAAACAUUCGAAAGACACAAUAGCAGACGAAAAUCGAACAUUAGUUUUUGUUCAAGUGUAUGCGCAGCAGCAAGUGCUGGGAGCGGCCGACGUGGCUCUACAUUUUCAGCUGUGCGGGCACCGCCACUCUGUACCACAAAAGCAAAUUCACUGUCAUUACCAGAUAGUCCAACUGUCCUCACAGAUUUUCGUGGUCGCUCAAACUCUCUGCGAGUUGUGGAUGAUGCAAUGUUGUGCCGAUCAGCAUCGCUCCGUCAGGGGCUUGGCACAAGCCCACGGAGGAGAAAAAGCAGUCUCGAGGAAAUCGGAAUUACGCAUUUUAAUUCUCUGUUACAACAUCAGCAGCAACAACAAGAGCAGGACGCUGAAGCGAUUAAAAUGGCUUUGCAAGGCAGUGCUGGACUGGAGGUGACACCACUGGAUGACAGAUGGCCGGAGUUGCGUCCGUCUUCGCCUGAGCCCCAACACCUGCAGGGAACCAUCGUGUAA